AUGGCGGGCGACGUCGACUACAAUAACUGGACUAAGACGGGCCUCAUCCAAAGACUCAGGGACCUGGAGGAGGAGCUGAAGAGGCGCCCGGCGACGCAGCAGGCAGAGAAGCCGCCAAAAGGGGAGCGCCCGAUGGACCCUUCGCGAUACUCGUCGCGCUACAUCGCCCUGAAGCUGGCGUACCUGGGGAAGAACUACGGCGGGUUCGAGUACUCGGCCAUGAGCAACCAGCCGUCCAUCGAGGAGGAGCUGUGGAACGCCCUGACCAAGGCCCACCUCAUCUUCCCCGAGGACGAAAGAGUGGUCCAGUUCGAGUGCUGCGACUACUCCAAGUGCGGGCGGACAGACCGCGGAGUCAGCGCCUUUGGCCAGGUCAUCGGGCUCAGGGUUCGCAGCAGCAGGCCCCUGCCGACGAAGCGGGUAAAGCGGCAUCAAGGUGGGCCGUCGUCCACCGAGCAGGAUGCCGCCGAGAAAGAGGAGGAUGCCGCCGAGGAGGAGGAGGAGGCGGAGACGAAGCCCUUUGACCAUGUUGCGGAUGAACUGUGCUACCCGCGGAUCCUCAACCGCAUCCUUCCCAGCGACAUCCGCAUCUUGGCAUGGUGCCCCUCGCCGCCGCCCGGCUUCUCCGCCCGCUUCUCGUGCCGCGAGCGCCAGUACCGGUACCUUUUCACCCAGCCGGCCUUUGCGCCGGGGCCUUUGCUUCCCUCGUCCAUGAGCAACGGCGGCAGCGGCAGCAGCGUCAAGACGGGGUGGCUGGACAUUGAGGCCAUGCGCGACGCGGCCAAGCGGUUCGAGGGCGAACACGACUUUCGCAACCUUUGCAAGCUCGAUCCCUCGAAGCAAAUCACCGACUUUACUCGGUACAUCUUCGAGUCGGACAUUGUCGAGGUUGAGGACGUCCACUCAGCCCUGCCGUACCUUGAAGAUGCCAAAUUCGCGGCAUCCGGCGUCAACGGCGGGCCACAUCCCAAGGUGUACUACUUUCACGUCAGGGGCUCGGCCUUUUUGUGGCAUCAAAUCCGACACAUGGUCGCCAUUCUCUUCCUCGUGGGACAAGGACUCGAAGCCCCGACCCUCGUCUCGGAGCUGCUCGACGUGAGCAAGAAUCCGCGCAAGCCAGGGUACGCCAUGGCCAACGAGGUCCCGCUCGUGCUCUGGGACUGCGUCUUCCCUGGCGACGCGCUCGAGUGGGUGUAUGUUGGAGACGAAUGCACAUCCAACAAGUUCGGCCAGUAUGGCCUCGUGGAUGGCCUGUGGCAGGUCUGGCGCGGGCACAAGAUGGACGAGCUGCUGGCUAACCAGCUGCUGCGGCAAGUCUCCCAGCAGGGGGCACUGCGGCCAGGCAGCGACCAAGCCGGCCGGUCGAGCCAGGGAAACGGCAAGGCGAGUGCCAGCGUCCGGAUAUUCCAAGGCGCCGACAGCGGGCGGCUCGCCGGCAGAUAUACCCAGGUGAUGAAGUCGAAGGAUUUCGCGCAGUCCGUAGAGGAGCAGAAUGAGAAAUAUGCCAAGCGCAAGGGGUAUGCGGGCGCCGCCGACAUGCGGACGCAGAGGGGCAUAGGCAGAUGGAAAGACGAGCAAAAGGCGGCAGAGGGAUAG